AAGUCAUCAAGGGAAGAUCUGGGGGCCAGUUCAGCCCAGGCGAACCAGCCAGAGGGUCUCGGUUUAACUGCACCUGAGAGGUCUAAUUUUUGGUGAUCCGCUAUAUUCGGGAAAAUGAUGCUGGCCGACCACUUGUCUACAGAGAUCCAGAGCAGCGUCACCGUGGAGUACUUAAACGCCUCGGGCCAAGCGAUGAAACGCAAAGUCAUCCGUAACUCCUUCAUGUCUCUUGGACGCAAUGAGCUCCGUGAGCUUGUGCUGCAGGUGAGUGACGGGAAACUCCAGCAGAAGUUCGUCCUGAAACAGAUCAAGCUCUUCACCCGUUUCAUCCAAGAUGGCAAAGCCUCCAUUGUGUUGAACCCGGACAAUGUCCAGCUCUUGAUCUCCAACUGCCCCUCGGAUAAGCUCAAGCUCUUCAUGAGAACUCUUCUGAUAAAGCACGAAGCUGGGAAGAAGGAGAAGCCGGUGAACGAUCGCACCAGGCUGCUCUCUGGGCUGCCGCGGACGUUUGAGACCAUUAGCCCGGUGCAGAAAAAGGAUGUGGAGCAGGCGAAUGAAAUGCGGGCCAGGGUCAACACCGAGACGCCCGUUAAAGGGAAGGGACUCGGCCUCCGGGGAGUCAAUGGCGUCAACAGAUGUCAGAAGAAACGGGCGAGGACGGCCUCUUCUGAGAACUGCUUGGUUGCAGAUCUCCGACCCAGCAAGAAGCCGACUCUGACGAUGCCCAAAUCUCUGACGCUCUCCACGGAACAGUCUCUGGUCCUGAACACCGUUCUCAGCGGGAAGAACGUCUUCUUCACUGGCAGCGCAGGAACCGGAAAGUCCUAUUUACUGAAAAGGAUCAUUGGUGCCCUGCCUCCGAAAAGCACUUUUGCCACAGCGAGUACUGGAGUGGCUGCCUGUCACAUAGGCGGCACAACGCUGCAUGCGUUUGCAGGUAUCGGCUCUGGGAAGGCACCAUUGGAUCAAUGCAUUGAAUUGGCGAAGAGACCAGGCGUCCGGCAGCACUGGGUUAGCUGCCGGCAGCUUAUCAUCGAUGAAAUUUCCAUGGUGGAAGGAGAAAUGUUUGACAAGCUGGAGGCUGUGGCCAGGGCCGUCCGUGGACGAGAUGAGCCGUUUGGUGGCAUUCAGCUCAUCGUAUGUGGAGAUUUCCUCCAGCUUCCGCCCGUCACCAACGCUUCUAGUCAAACCAAGUUUUGCUUCCAGGCUAGAAGCUGGCGGAAAUGCAUCAAUCUGACCAUGGAAUUAACUGAAGUGAGAAGGCAGACGGACAAAGCCUUCAUCUCCUUGUUACAAGCCGUCCGGCUGGGCAGAUGCACCGACGAGGUCGCCAGAAAGCUGCUUCUCACCGGCAAUCAUAAGAUCGAGCGGGAUGGAAUUCUGGCCACCAGGUUGUGCACCCACAAGGACGACGUGGAGCUAAUGAAUGAACGGCGGUUACAGCAAUUACCCGGUGACGGUCGUUGUUACGAUGCCUUGGACAGUGACCCUGUGCUGGUGAAGACCAUUAAUGCACAAUGUCCUGUUAAUGAAAAGAUUCAGCUCAAGGAAGGAGCUCAGGUGAUGCUGGCGAAGAAUCUGGAUGUGGCCCGUGGACUGGUGAACGGGGCUCGUGGUGUUGUCGUAGGAUUUGAAGGAGCUGGAAAACCUCUGCCCAAGGUGCGCUUCCUUUGUGGGGUUACUGAAGUCAUUAAGCCGGAGCGCUGGGUAUUUAAAGGCCACGGCGGGAUAUACCUGACUCGACAGCAGCUCCCGUUGAAACUGGCGUGGGCGAUCUCUAUCCAUAAGAGCCAGGGAAUGUCUCUAGACUGCGUGGAGAUCUCCUUGGCUCGGGUGUUUGAGAGCGGCCAGGCUUAUGUAGCCCUCUCUAGAGCCAGGAGCCUCGAGGGUCUUCGGGUUCUGGAUUUUGAUCCCAAAGUCGUGAAAGCCAACCCGUAUGUUCUUCAGUUUUACUCCAGACUGCAGAAAGAGAGAGCACUUCUACAGAUGACUAUCGAUCCUUACUUGGCAGGCAAAGAGAACUGAUGUCAUAACGCAAUGGAUUUUUUAAUGCAUUUUAUUUUUAAGCUGUGGAUAUGUAAAUAUUACCGUACAGAAUUUUAUAUUUUUAUAAAUAAAGGCGCUAGCAUCUGAAA